AUGAAGCUUCCUUUCACAUUUUUGUUUUGUUUGUUAAAGUUUGUAUGCUCUCAUUCAGGAUAUUUGUUCGAUUAUGGGAAAAUUGAGUCAUUCGAACCGUUCUCUAGUUUUAUAAACUACUCGCAUGUUACUCCGGAAUGCACAAAAGAUAUGAAAACUUGGAUUAGUUCAAUUGAACAGUUCACAGCGGCGUCAUCAGAUUGUUUGUUUUUCAAAAAUUGUACAGCUUCCAUUUUGAACAUUUUAAAGGAUAAUAUAUACGCAAUUCAACAAUACGAUGCAUUUGCAAAGAUUCCAUCAGCAGGACUGUUAGAAGUUUCGCUAGUUUUUGAUGGAAGUUAUCAAGAAUGCCAUAGAAUUAGUGGAGUAAAAUAUGAGACCAACUAUUGCUACGUGCUCUUAGUUCCUGGUCGAAACGCUAACUGCUCCGGUGGCUCGAUUCAAAAUGCUGGUACUUCAGUUGCUUUUCGAAGAGCAGUUUGCAUGCCGAAAUCUUGUGCAAGUAGUGACACUGUUGACUUGUAUAAUCAAUUAAGUGCAUUACCACUGACAGCAUGUGCCACAUUCUGUUCCCAAAGAGAUGUUCCAAAAGACUCGGCAUUCUGGGGAUUUUCAGCGUUCAUGUUUGUGAUUGUGAGUACGGUUAUUUUGGCAACCACCGUUGAUUAUCUCCGAGAGUCAGUUUACGAUAUAAGUAGCAAAUCUAUUGAAAAAAGUGCCUCACUCUAUCGUCUUCUAUAUUCUUUCUCAUUCUGGACUAAUGCAUCUACAAUUUUAAACGUGUCUUCCCAACCUGCAACUCACAUAAAAUGUUUGGAUUGCAUUCGAGGAUUAUCAAUGGCUUGGGUACUCUCUGGCCAUAUGUUGAAUUAUUUUGCAUUUGCUGACACUUUGAUGCCAAUUAAGUCUUUUGCAAAUUACUUUGCCGACUAUUUCUUUAUGAAUGCUGUGUUUUCAGUGGACACAUUUUUUCUAGUUUCUGGAAUUACUGUUGCUUAUUCCUUUUUCAGACUAAAGCCGACCACAAAAACGUUGAAAUCGCCUGCUACGUGGAUUUUGUUUUAUGUUCACCGUUACGUCCGAUUGACACCUCCGUACAUUAUUUUCAUAGGUUUCUAUGCAGUUUACGCGCUAUACAUUCAAGGACCACUUGCAGCUUCUCUGUUUAACUUCACAGUUCUCCAAGUCGAGGCUUGCAAAGCAUCCUGGUGGAGAAAUUUGAUUUAUAUUAAUAAUUUUGACAACGGAGAGAAUCCGUGCUAUGGACCAAGUUGGUAUCUGGCAGUAGAUACCCAAUUGUAUCUUGUUGCUCCCAUUUUGCUAGUUGCAUUAACUUGGACUCCAAUUGCAGGACUAGUUGUCUCAAUGGUUGGAUGUAUUGGGAGUAUGAUUAUUGUUUUCAUUCUCUAUCAGAAAUUUGAUAUGCCCGCAGAUUCUUUCAAUGCAGAUUCAUCUGGAAAAUUCAACUUCUAUGUCUACCAAAAACCGUGGACCCGAUGUCCUCCAUACCUGGUUGGUAUACUUGGUGGCUACUUUCUGUCCCGAUUUGCCACAUCGCCAGUUAAACUUUCGUUUGUUAAAAAACUCAUUCCAAUGCUUCUUGCCGUAGGAUUAAUUUUUGCAUGUCUCACAGCUAACAUUGGGUACGAUCAGGGAGAUCACUGGAGUUCAUGGACCAAGGCAACUUAUUACAAUUUUUCUCGAUUCUUCUGGGCACUUUCUGUUUUGUGGAUCAUACUAUCGUGUCACUAUGGUUGGGCAGGACCAAUUGGAAAUUUCAUGAGUCAUCCAAUAUGGCAACCACUGGGCCGUUUGUCUUAUUCUGCGUAUAUUGUUCAUUUGAUGGUAGUCUACUAUUUCUUGAAUGUCGGUGAUAAACCUCUUCAUUUCGUUUCUACGUGGCAAGUGUACGUAUAUUACAUACUUCCGGCAACAAUCCUCACAUACAUCUUUGCAUUCUUUUGGAGCUGUCUCUUUGAAAUUCCAGUUGUCAAACUGGAAAAGUUCCUGUUAGAGAUUUUAUUGAGAAAAAAGCGACUGCCCGAGAAGAAAACAGGAAAAGAAAUAUGGCAAUGA